AUGUCACACCCUCAAUACAAAGUACACCCUCUUCCUGAUUCCGUCGACGAAGCGGAUGAUAUCUUCCCCCCUCCCCCACGUCUUCAGGGUAAAGAGGGUAGACCCAAACCUCACAUCGGUCCGGAUUACAAGGCCUACUUGGCUGAAUACGAAAAGACUAUCGGACCAAACUCGGACGACUGGUGGAGGGAACAGGCGAAACAGUUGGAUUGGUAUACUCCUUUUCAGACUGUCAGAGCGGGAGGAUUUGAACAUGGGGAUAUUCAAUGGUUUCCCGAAGGUACCCUCAAUGCAGCUUACAACUGCCUAGACCGACACUUUUACAACGAUCCCAGUCGUGUAGCUAUCAUGUAUGAGGCCGACGAACCAUCUGAAUCCCGUGAAGUGACUUACGGCGAACUCUACCGUGAGACUUGCCGAGUCGCCAACGUCCUUCUUUCCUGGGGAGUCAAGAAAGGUGAUGCCGUGUCUAUCUACCUCCCCAUGACAUGGCAGGCUGCUGCAGCUUUCCUGGCUUGUGCAAGGAUUGGUGCCGUCCAUUCUGCCGUCUUCGCGGGCUUCAGUGCAGAAUCUCUCAGAGACCGAGUGGACGAUUGCGAGUGUAAAGUUGUCAUCACAACGGACGAGGGGAAGAGAGGUGGGAAGACGAUUGCCACGAAGCAAAUCGUUGACGCGGCACUGGCUCAAUGUCCGAAAGUCCAAAAGGUGUUGGUUUUGCGCCGAACGGGGAACAAGGUGCCCAUGACGGAAGGACGUGAUUUCUGGUGGGACGAGGAGUGCGCAAAAGUUCCGGCUGUCUGUCCGUGUGAGCAUAUGUCAGCAGAGGAUCCGUUAUUCAUCCUCUAUACUUCCGGGUCCACCGGCAAACCCAAAGGGGUCGUUCACAGUACGGCCGGCUAUCUCCUCGGAGCGCUGAUCACCGUCAAAUACGUAUUUGACGUCCAUCCCGCAGAUCGUUUCGCAUGUAUGGCCGAUGUAGGAUGGAUCACCGGACACACCUAUAUCGUCUAUGGACCUCUUGCCAAUGGAGUAGCCACAGCAGUGUUCGAAUCUACUCCCGUUUAUCCCACCGCAUCUCGAUACUGGGAUUUUGUCGACAAAUGGAAAGCCACACAUCUUUACACUGCACCAACGGCCAUUCGUCUUCUCCGUCGAAUGGGUGAAGAACACGUCAAGAACCAUGAUCUUUCUUCUCUCCGCGUCUUGGGUACAGUAGGAGAACCCAUCAACCCAGAAGCCUGGCAUUGGUAUAACGAUUUCGCAGGAAAGAACCAAUGUGCCAUUGUCGAUACUUACUGGAUGACCGAAACUGGCUCUCAUGUCAUCGCUCCUCUUCCAGGAGCCAUUCCUACUAAACCGGGAAGUGCGACAUUCCCAUUCUUUGGUUACGACCUGGACAUCAUCGAUCCUCAGACUGGACAGAGGUUGGAGGGGAAUGAUGUGGAAGGUGUUUUGGUAGCUAAAAAUCCUUGGCCAAGUAUCGCAAGGACGGUGUUUAAGGAUCAUAAGAGGUAUCUUGAGACUUAUAUGAAACCUUAUCCUGGCUAUUUCUUCUUUGGGGAUGGUGCAGCUAGGGAUCAUGAUGGGUAUCUGUGGAUCAAGGGGAGGGUGGAUGAUGUGAUCAACGUCUCCGGUCAUAGACUCUCCACCGCCGAAGUAGAAUCCGCUCUCAUUCUACACAAAGGCGUAGCCGAAACUGCCGUCGUCGGCUCUCAUGACGAAAUCACCGGUCAGGCGGUGUACGCGUUUGUCACUAUGAAACCGGAGUUUGACUUUGUGUCGACUAAAGAGGCGGAUUUGAACAAAGAGUUGGCAAUACAGGUGAGGAAAGUGAUUGGACCUUUUGCCGCUCCCAAGAAGAUCUUUUUGGUCGGGGAUCUGCCAAAGACUCGGUCGGGGAAGAUUAUGCGCAGGAUUCUCAGGAAAAUCGUAGCUGGUGAAGGAGAUCAGUUGGGAGAUUUGUCUUCUAUUGCCGAUCCUGGUGUUGUGGAUGAAAUCAAAGCCAAAGUGGCCGGUAGCAAGUAGUGAUUUUCUUCUUCUUUUGGUACGAAUCCUCAUCUGUGAAUGGUAAUUUGAAAGAGUCAAUAGGGUAUUUCAUGGUGUAUGAUAGUUGGGUAUGCAACAUUUAUCUCUUG